AUGGAGGUGACUAAGUCCAACUUUGCCGCAGUGCUGCCCGACGUGAAGGAGGCCAUCGCCGCUUCUGACUUCCUGUCCUUCGAUCUCGAAUUUACAGGCCUUACACUCGGCGGCUACCUCGACAACCACCCCGUCGAUCUGCUCGAGGAGCGAUACAAGAAGCUGAAGGAGAACUCGUCCGCCUUCACCAUCACCCAGUUCGGUCUCUCUGCCUUCACCUGGGACGCCACCGAGAACAAGUACGUGGCGCGUACGUGGAACUUCUACCUGUUCCCGCGUCCCUACGGAUGGUGCGACAGGCGCUUCACCUGCCAGGCGGCCUCGCUCCAGUUCCUCCUCGAGCACAAGUUUGACUUUAACAAGUUCAUCUACGAGGGUGUGGGCUAUCUGAGUCGCUACGUCGAGGGGAAGAUGCGGCCGCAGGUCGAAGAGGAGAUCCAGAAGCUCCUCGACGCCGCGUCGCAGGAGGCGCUGCCCGACAUCGUGCCCACCAACCCGCGCGACGUCGAGUUCGUGGCCGGCAUCAAGGCCUCGAUCGACGGGUGGCUGCAGGGCGACGGCUCCGAGCCGCUCCUACUCAUCGCGCCCAACUCCUUCCUCAGGCGCCUGGUCUACCAGGAAGUCCGCGGCAACUACCCGGAGCUCAAUGUGGAGAAGGUGCAGGGCACGUGGGAUAACAUGUCGAUCAGCCGCAUGAGCGAGGAGGAGAAGGCCAGGCGCAGGGCCGAGCUCGUCCAACAGAAGCGCGACGAAUUUGAGGCUGCCAUCGGAUUCCGACAGGUCUGGGAGGCCAUGAGCGCGUCGCGCAAGCCCGUCGUCGGCCACAACCUGCUGCUGGACCUGCUGUACAGCUACUUCCACUUCGAGGACCGUCUGCCGUCGAGCUUCCGCAACUUCAAGGUGGCCAUCAACAAGGUCUUCCCCACCAUCUUCGACACCAAGCACAUCGCCGCCACCGAUCCCGCCUACAAGGACCGUUUGCUGAGCACGGGGCUGGGCGACGUCUACGCGGCCGUGAAGGGCGGCGUCAACGUGGUCCACGCCGAGGGCUUCGACCGGUACCGCGAGAACGAGGAGUACGCCCAUGAGGCCGGUUUCGAUGCGUACAUGACGGGGGCCAUCUUUGCUGCGUACCUGGAGCAGAUCGUGGGCGCCGAGGCCCACAUCGAAGGAGUCCCGCUUGUCGCCAGCGCCAGGAUCCUUCAGUACGCCAACACGAUCAACCAGUAUGGCGCCUGCUCCGUGCUGCGCCUCGACCGCCCCGAGGACGAGAACGACUUUAGCAACGUCUUCCACGUCAGCAUCAACCAGAGGCCGGCACAGGCGGCCGACGUCAUGACCCUGUUCGAUGGUAUUCCGGUGCAGCUCAAGUGGAUCAACAAGACCAGCACGUGGGUCAUCAUCAAUGAUCGCUCCGUCCUCCCGCGCGUUUGGCCGCUCGUCAAGCAACAGCUUCAGACGCCCAAGGCGCGAUCGCACGGGUUCGUGGUGCGGAGCUUUGCCGAUUUCAAGGCGGGCAAGUCGCCCAUCGACUGGCCGCAGCUGGCCAAGGCCGCCCUCGCCGGUCUCGCCCUCCCGCUGGGCCUUGCCUUCGCCCUCCACCGCCUCUCCGGCGCCGCCCACUGCUCCACCCACCCGUAG